UCAAGUCCUGCGCUUGCAGCCCUGGUUCCUGCUGAUGGUGGCGGCGGCCGAGGUGGCGGCGGAAGCGGCGGCAUGGAUCUCAGCGAGCUGGAAAGAGACAAUACGGACCGCUGUCGCCUGAGCUCGCCUGUGCCCGCGGUGUGCCGCAAGGAGCCCUGCGUCCUGGGCGUGGAUGAGGCGGGCCGUGGCCCUGUGCUGGGCCCCAUGGUCUACGCCAUCUGUUAUUGCCCCCUGUCCCGGCUGGCAGAUCUGGAGGCCCUGAAAGUAGCAGACUCAAAGACUCUGUCGGAGAGCGAGCGGGACCGGCUCUUUGUGAAAAUGGAAGAGGACAAGGACUUUGUGGGCUGGGCGCUGGACGUGCUGUCUCCAAACCUCAUCUCUACCAGCAUGCUUGGGCGGGUCAAAUACAACCUGAACUCCCUGUCCCAUGAUACGGCUGCUGGGCUGGUGCAGUACGCCUUGGAUCAGGGCGUGAAAGUCACCCAGGUAUUUGUGGACACUGUGGGGCUACCAGAGAAGUACCAGGAGCGGCUGCAGCAGUGCUUUCCUGGGAUUGAGGUGACGGUGAAGGCCAAGGCGGAUGCCUUGUACCCCGUAGUCAGCGCUGCCAGCAUCUGUGCCAAGGUGGCCCGAGAUCAGGCAGUGAAGAACUGGCAGUUUGUGGAGAAACUGCAGGACGUGGAUGCUGAUUAUGGUUCGGGCUACCCUAAUGAUCCCAAGACAAAAGCGUGGUUGAGGAAGCACGUGGAGCCCGUGUUCGGCUUUCCCCAGUUUGUCCGGUUCAGCUGGCGCACAGCCCAGAGCAUCCUGGAGAAGGAGGCAGAGGGUGUUACGUGGGAGGACUCCUCGGCAGAGGAUCAGGAGGGACUUGGGAAGAUCACUUCCUACUUCCUCAGUGAAGGCCCUCGUCCCCGUCUUCCCCACCGAUACUUCCAGGAGCGCGGCCUGGAGUCAGCCACCACCCUCUAAGAGCCAGGUGGUCCCCCCUUUACC